AUAAACUGUAGAGAGAUUUUACCCAUAAUACUUUGAGCUGCGUGAUCAAUCAGUAACAGUGAGAUGAUACAGAGUCUCUUAUUUCUCUUUACAUUGUUCAUCUUGACGACAGAUGAACUUUUGCUGUUGAAAUAGACAAUAAGAAUUGUGUGUGUGUGUGUGUGUGUGUGUGUGUGUGUGUGUUGUGUAUUUGUCAUUUUCUCAAGCUCUAAUUGUGUUGAUGGAAAUCACAUUCAUUCAGUUUUCAUUGUUGUGACACAUAAAUACAUAACUCAUUUUUAUUAUUACUAUCAAAAGCACCUUUCAGUUAAAUGAUCAAACACAGGGUUCAUUACAAAAUGAACAGAUUGAGGAUAGUGUGAUUUUUGAAUAAUGAAAUAACAGAAACAGUCAUGAACAAUGAAAGAGUGAAGAUGUGAAAAUGACAUUAAUAGUGUAAAAAAUAGUGUAAAAAAAAUCAGUUCAAAGUGUGAGUAAAAUUGAGCUGCAGAAGAUGAGAGAUGGAGAAGCUCUUUCUGAGAUUUCAGAUAUUGGGUCACAAGUGAUGAAAACAUGAACUCUUGAGAAGAAAUUAAUGACUCACAAUGUUUGAUAAACUCGUUGAUAUAAAAUAGCUCUUUCCAGAUAUGGAGAAAUUUAUAUCAUCAGUGUUGUUGUGAAAAACAGUGAGCUCUGAAGAUCUGGAUAAAAAGAAAAGAUUCAGACUGAAAGAGAUUGUAAAGAAAAUUAGUAAAAGAAAAGUGGAAGUUUCAUAAAAAUAGUGACAUGAAUAAACCAGUGGGUUUAUUAAAUGUGAGUGGUGCUUACAGUGGCAAAACUCAGCACUCGGUUGCUAGGGUGUUCUGAGUGGUUGCUAGGGAGUUGCUAGGCAGUUGCUAGGGUGUUGCUAUGUGGUUGCUAAGGUGUUAUGAGUUGUUGCUAGGCGAUUGCUAGCGUGUUCUGGGUGAUUGCUAUGGUGUUGCUAGUCACCUGCUAUGGUAUUCUGAGUGGUUGCUAAGGUGUUGCUAGAGUGUUGCUAGGUGGUUGCUAUGGUAACCUGGGUGGUUGCUAGGUAGUUGUUAUGGUAACCUGGGUGGUUGCAAGGCUGUUGCUAGGCAGUUGCUAAGGUACUCGGGGUAGUUUCUAGGGUGUUGCUAUUGUGUUCUGGGUGGUUUGUAAUGUAUUCUGAUGGUUGCUAGGGUGUUCUGGGUGGUUGCUAGGUAGUUGCUAAUGUAUUCUUGUAGCCAAGCCCCAUCUCUAUAUGAUGUUCAGAUGCAGAGAUAUAGGUCUUGCGGAACAGUUGCUAGGGUACUCUGUUUGGUUGCUAGGGAGUCGCUUGGCAGCUGCCAGUGAUGAUACAACAAAGGCUUCUUGACAGUAUUAUUGAUAUAAAUCAACCCCAGUGCCUCUGACAUUCAGAUUUAAAGAUAUCCCUCUUUGGGUUUGGGAUGCUAGGGUGCUCAACAGUGGUUGCUAGGGCAUAAAAGGUGAUUCGUGAUUGGCUGUUUGCUGCCUUGAGUGAAAUGAGCUCACCUUUUUUAUUAAGUGUAGCUCUGUUCUUUUUCUAGUUAUCAUUUAACAAAUAACUCAUAAAAUAAUUAUUUUUUAAAUAUGUACUGUAUCUGAUUAUAUGUAAGUGUGAACUCGUGAAAUGUGUCUUUGUUUGAGAACUGAAUGAAUGUUUUGUGAAAUUGUGCCAGCUGAAUCAGUUAUAGUGUGUCAGCAAUUGAGAACAACUGUUUAUAUAAAAUAAAUGAAUUCAUUGUAAUAUCGAUUGUCUUCACAAGUUUCAGUUUUACUGAGAGUUCAACUGGUUUCAUAAUAAAUGUUUUGAUUCAAACAAUAAAACUCACAGAUGGUCACAACUGAAAAUAUAAGGUUUUUGUUUAUCAAUCUAUUAUUUAAAUUACCUCUCAAAUAGCUUUUGUUAUUUUUGAAGCAUUUUCAGUCAGCAUUAGCUUUUAAUUGAGCUAUUUUUCAAGAAUCAACGAAUCAUAAGUUGUUCUUUCUACAUGUUUCAAAUGAUUUGACUCAAGAGGACUCUGUUGGUAAGUGAACCUUUGAAGGGGUUGUUGCAGUUAUCCAAAUAAUAUUUGUGGUUUUAGGAUCUUUCACUAGAUUGACAACCUGAAGUGUUCAAAAGCUUAUCCAUAUUAUAAGUGAAGUAACUGUUGGGCUCUUGCAGAUGUCGUCUGAACUCUUCAUGAAGAACGAUCGUCUGUCCAUCACAGAUCAGAUCCUCCUUCUCUAUGUUCAUGAGCUUCAUCUGAAAAUCACUGAACAGGUUAAACAUUCACAUCAUAUCAGUCAAUAAAACAGUAAAGGAGAUUUCCUGUGUUUUCUCUCACAAAACUACCUAGUGCUAAAUUUAAAAGUAGUGUCAUGGCUUAAUUUGCUUUUGUUACACUUUUAAUUUUUAAUAUAGUACUAUUUUGACACAAUAUCUGUAAAAUGUAAAUUUUGUCAUCAUUCACUCACCUUGAUGCUGUUUUAAACCUGUAUGACUUUCUUUCUUCUGUUGAAUGAAAAGAAAGUUUUUGUUUAUACAAUAAAAGACAAAAAAAUCCCAAUGACUAUUGUUGUAUAGACAAAUAAAUACAAUUAUUUUGUGUUCCACAGAAGAAAGAAAGUCUUUGAACGACUGAUACUGAACUAUUAACUCACUACUGGAUAAAUCUUUCACUACACUUGCACAUUUUCACAUGAUACAGUCAUCAGAUGCCAUAUCAUCUCAUCUGUUUCUAAUGGAGUGGGAAAUUUUCUUUGUUUUCGGUAGCAUUUGAGGCUGCUCAAUUUUUCAGCUCAGGAGAUGAAAGAAGAUGGUGUGUAAAACCAAAGGACUGUUUUUGUAGAGAUGGAUGGAUGGAUGGACAGAACAUCUCUCGACAAGAACAGUGUCAUAUUUGUCAUAUCAGGCAGGGAAAGAGAAGAUCAAAGUCUGACAAUAUUUUCUACCUCAGAAAGUCUUCUAAAAAAUGUAAAAUAGUUUGAAGUCAAAAUAGAUGGAUGUUCUGGGUGUUUGCUAAAGUGUUGCUAGGUGGUUGCUAAGCUCUUGAUAUGCAGUUGCUGCGCUCAUUCAAGGACGUGCAUUUAAAGGCCGGAACACACCAAGUCGACGGUCGGCCGUCGGGCAGUUUUUGUUCGUCGGCCGACUAAGUUUUCUCAGUGUGUUCUGCACCGUCGGCUGAAAUUGGUCCUCGUUGGCUUUUUUCCGGCCGAUUUUAAAUGUUGAAUCGGCAUCGGCGCUCGUCGGUCCGUCGGGCCAUCUGAUCAUUCUGAUUGGCUGUUCAGCUACUGCCACCUGGAUCACAUUGGAUCUGAACAGUUGCGAUACACAGUGUGGACAGUCAAUCAUUUUAGAUCAGAUUCCAAUCGGAUACACAAAUAAUCAGAUUUGGACUGACAGUGAACGUAGCCUGAGAUCAUGUAACUGUGUGACGAGUAGUAGCACGGUAGUAAUAGUAGUACUCGAGUAGCGCAGUUUUGUUUCACUUUUGUUUCAUUUGCUAUUUCGUGGUCUAAAACAAGAAUAAAAGCCAUUAUAACGUACAUGAAAAAUAUAGAAAAAUUGGACACAACUAUGGGACAACAUCAUUGCAUCCCAACAGAGAAAGGAACCUCAAGGAUGAUUUAGGUAAUUGUGUGCAAUUGUAUAGGGCCCCAUUCCUAUAUUUUGCUUGGGGCCCCCAAAUCACUAAAUCUGCCCCUGUCAUAAACACAAAUGACCUUGAUCAAAUGACUAGCUGCAUGGGCACUAUCUUAUAGAAACUGUUGUACAUACAACAUAUAACUGCUAAAUUGUGAAUAUGGUCAUAACUUGUAAUAAUUGCUUUAACUCUUUCCCCACCAUUGUCGGAAUUUUCUGACUUUCCGUGUUUUCACUGUUAAAUGGUAGGGGGCGCUAUUACACAUCUUCUGAAAGAGUACAAAAUCUCUGGAUCAAAACAGACAAAAAAGAAGCAGAAACAAGCGAUAAAAGCAUUGCUUAUGCACAUUGUAGUCUUUCAAAACAAACACAAUUUUCUCCGCUUUUUCUCAGUUAAAAAUGUUUUUUAUGAAACUCACUCACAUUCAAGUGUUGAUUUAAAAAAAAAAAAAAAAAAAAGGCUUCCUAAAGUGUCACGGAGUCACAGCCAGCACCCACCAACACCAACGGAUCAUCACCAGAUCACCACGCUCCUCCCGCUCGUUCACAGUCUCCCGAAUACUAAUCACCUGCACCUGCAUCCCAUCACCCAGGACACUAUAAAGACUCUCACUCCCUUCACACCAUUGUCUGGUCUCGUUACACGUACCUGGACUCCUUACCCGCUACUUACCUGCAUCUUCCUGUGUCUUCCUCUCAUCGUCUUCCGUCUCCAACCGUCUGCUCCACAUUGAUUCCUCUACCUGCAAAUACAAACCUCCAUUACCAUCAGUUAAGUGACUGUUCUGAAAGUGCUUGUUUAAAACCAGAGGUGUUAUUUCUUUUGAUAUAUUGCAUGUUCAGACAUUCAUACAACAAAAUAUUCUGGGGGUCAUGAACGUUGUGAAUAGAUCAAAAACACUGGCAGUGGCUGGUAAUUAAAAAAAAAAAAAUUGCAACAGUAUGUAGAAACAUGCAUUUUCUAUACAUGCUGCUUUGAAACAAUAUAGGCUACAUUGUGAACCGCAGUAUACAAAUAAAAGUACAAUAAAAAAGAUGAAAAAAGUGACAAUGCUGUAGUCUAAAAGUGAAUACACUACAUUAAUUUUGUCCAGUUAUUUGCCCAAUUUCCAGUCUGGAGAAGAUCAUAGUCUAGAAUUCUUAGGGUUUCUCAUUCGUAAAUUUUGCUCGUCAUUCAUGUGCUCAGAACCCGUAAUUAUGAUGUUUUCGAGUCCACUUGAAGGGCACAUAGCAGGAAACAUAGCAGGAAAGUGUGUCUUUUUGACCAGCACGAGAAGCUGCUUCACAACACGCCUGUUUUCCACACGUCACUCAAACACAGAAGCAGGAAACUAUUUCAACUGCUCAGUUCAGAGAAACAGAAACUGAAAGUAUUGUCGAGCUGUUGUGUGUUUGUGUCUCUCUGUAUUUAUGCAGUAAAAUGGCGGAAGCCAGAUUUUCUCAGGAUGAGUUCACGUGUCCUGUGUGUCUGGAUCUCCUGAAGGAUCCAGUGGCCAUCCCCUGUGGACACAGUUACUGUAAGAUCUGUAUUACAGGCUGCUGGGAUCAGGAGGAUGAGAAGAGAGUCUACAGCUGCCCUCAGUGCAGACAGACCUUCAGUCCAAGACCUGCUUUAGCUAAAAACACCAUGCUGGCUGAAGUGGUGGAGAAACUGAAGAAGACUCAACUUCCUGCUGACUGUUACGCUGGAGCUGGAGACGUGCAGUGUGACGUCUGUACUGGAAGAAAAUACAAAGCCGUCAAGUCCUGUCUGGUGUGUCAGGAGUCUUUCUGUCAAACUCAUUUUGACCGUCUUGAGGAAUAUCACUCUCGUAAACCACACAAAGUGAUCGAUGCCACUGGACGACUGCAGGACAUGAUCUGUCGUAAACAUGAUAAAGAGCUAGAAAUGUUCUGUAUCACUGAUCAACAAUGCAUCUGUGUGCGGUGCAAGAAGUAUGAACAUAACCACAACACUGUAUCAACUGCAGCACAGAGGACAGAGAAACAGAAACAGCCGAAGGAGACGGAGAUGAAGAUCCGUCAGAGAAUCCAGCAGAGACAGAAAGAUCUUCAGCAGCUGAGAGAGGCUGUGGAGUCUCAUAAGCGCUCUGCACAGACAGCAGUGGAGGACAGUGAGAGGAUCUUUACUGAGCUCAUCCACUCCAUUGAGAGAAGCCGCUCUGAGGUCACACAGCUGAUCAGAGAUCAGGAAAAGGCUGCAGUGAGUCGAGCUGAAGGACGACUGGAGCGACUGGAGCAGGAGAUCAAUGAUCUGAGGAGGAGAGACGCUGAGCUGGAGCAGCUUUCACACACACAUGAUCACAUCCAUUUCCUGCAGAGUUUCCAGUCUCUCUCAGCGCCUCCUGAAUCUACAGACGAACCCGACGAUCCCUUCAGUUCUCUCUCCUCUUUUGAUGGCAUGGGAGAAUCUGUCCGUCAGCUGAGAGAAAAAUUGGAGGAUUUCUGCAAAGAGGAGAUCAAGAAGAUCUCUGACAGAGUCACUUUCACCAACAUGAAUCCCAAGACCAGGAACGACUUUCUACGGUAUUCCCAUCAGCUCACUCUGGAUCUGAACACAGCGAAUAAACACCUCCGUCUGUCUGAGAGGAACAGAGUGAUCAAUAACACUGGCACAGUCCAGCCGUAUCCUGAUCAUCCAGACAGAUUUGAUCAGUGUCUACAGGUGUUGUGCAGAGAGAGUGUGUGUGGACGCUGUUACUGGGAGAUUGAGUGGAGUGGGAAUAAUGUGGAUAUUUCAGUGUCAUAUAAGAGCAUCAGCAGGAAGGGAUGGGGUAAUGAGUGUGCGUUUGGAUAUAAUGAUCAGUCCUGGAGUUUGGACUGCUCUUCCUCCAGUUACUCAUUCAGACACAAUAACAUAAAGACUGUUCUCCCUGUAAAGUCCAUCAGCAGUAGAAUAGGAGUGUAUGUGGAUCACAGUGCAGGAACUCUGUCCUUCUACAGCGUCUCUGACACAAUGAGCCUCAUCCACACAGUCCAGACCACAUUCACUCAGCCACUCUAUCCUGGGUUUUAUGUUUAUACUGGAUCAGUGAAACUGUGUUGAUGUUUCAGAACAGAUUGUAGAGAGAUUUUACCCAUAAUACUUUGAGCUGCAUGAGAAAUCAGUAACAGUGAGAUGAUACAGAGUCUCUUAUUUCUCUUUACAUUGUUCAUCUUGACGACAGAUGAACUUUUGCCGUUGAAAUAGACAAUAAGAAUUGUGUGUGUGUGUGUGUGUGUGUGUGUGAUGUGAUGUGUAUUUGUCUUUUUCUCAAGCUCUAAUUGUGUUGAUGGAAAUCACAUUCAUUCAGUUUUCAUUGUUGUGACACAUAAAUACAUAACUCAUUUUUAUUAUUACUAUCAAAAGCACCUUUCAGUUAAAUGAUCAAACACAGGGUUCAUUACAGAUUGAGGAUAGUGUGAUUUUGAAUAAUGAAAUAACAGAAAGUCGUGAACAAUGAAAGAGUGAAGAUAUGAAAAUGACAUUAAUAGUGGAGAAAAUAGUGUAAAAAAAAAAUCACAGUUCAAAGUGUGAGUAAAAUUGAGCUGCAGAAGAUGAGAGAUGAAGAAGCUCUUUCUGAGAUUUCAGAUAUUGGGUCACAAGUGAUGAAAACAUGAACUCUUGAGAAGAAAUUGACUCACAAUGUUUGAUAAACUCAUUGAUAUAAAAUAGCUCUUUCCAGAUAUGGAGAAAUUUAUAUCAUCAGUGUUGUUGUGAAAAACAGUGAGCUCUGAAGAUCUGGAUAAAAAGAAAAGAUUCCGGCUGAAAGAGAUUCUAAAGAAAAUUGGUAAAAGAAAAGUGGAAGUUUCAUAAAAAUAGUGACAUGAAUAAAGCAGUGGGUUUAUUAAAUAUUCUGAGUGGUUGCUAGGGUGUUGCUAUGGUGUUGCUAGUCGCCUGCUAUGGUAUUCUGGGUGGUUGCUAAGGUGUUGAUAGGGUGUUGCUCGGUGGUUGCCAUGGUAACCUGGGUGGUUGCUAGGGUGUUACUAGGCAGUUGCUAAGGUACUCGGGGUAGUUUCUAGGGUGUUGCUAGGGUGUUCUGGGUGGUUGCUAGGCGGUUGCUAAUGUAUUCUUGUAGCCAAGCCCCAUCUCUAUAUGAUGUUCAGAUGCAGAGAUAUAGGUCUUGCUGAACAGUUGCUAGGGUGUUCUGUUUGGUUGCUAGGGAGUCGCUUGGCAGCUGCCAGUGAUGGUACAACAAAGGCUUCUUGACAGUAUAAUUGAUAUAAAUCAACCCCAAUGCCUCUUACAUUCAGGUUGCUAGGGUGCUCAACAGUGGUUGCUAGGGCAUGGCUAGGAAGUGUUGAAGGUGAUUCGUGAUUGGCUGUUUGCUGCCUUGAGUGAAAUGAGCUCACCCUUUUUUAUUAAGUGUAGCUCUGUUCUUUUUCUAGUUAUCAUUUAACAAAUAACUCAUAAAAAAAUUAUUUUUUAAAUAUGUACUGUAUCUGAUUAUAUGUAAGUGUGAACUCGUGAAAUGUGUCUUUGUUUGAGAACUGAAUGAAUGUUUUGUGAAAUUGUGCCAGCUGAAUCAGUUAUAGUGUGUCAGCAAUCGAGAACAACUGUUUAUAUAAAAUAAAUGAAUUCAUUGUAAUAUCGAUUGUCUUCACAAGUUUCAGUUUUACUGAGAGUUCAACUGGUUUCAUAAUAAAUGUUUUGAUUCAAACAAUAAAACUCACAGAUGGUCACAACUGAAAAUAUAA